AUGCUGCGACCUACUAUGAUAUUACGGGCGUCCAACGGCCGACAUGCCAACAUCACCGGCUUCGACAUCAACAAGCUGAAGGAGGCGGCCACUAAGCCCGUCUACGACCCUUGGGAUAGAGCUGAAAGGUGGCGGUACACAGGACUCUUCAGCAGAUGGAACCGAUUCAAGGGUGCGUUUCCCGGCCUAGGAAUCGCGACGGUGGCGUUUGCGGCAUACUGCGGGUAUGAGUACGUCUUUUUGAAAGAUGAGCACCAUGGCGAGGGACACGGCGAGGGACACGGCGAGGGACACCACUGA